AGGUGGUGGUCCUAGACGAUAGAGCAGCGAAGAAGACUAUAGUCAUGACUGUGGAUCAGGUGCAGCUCUCGGACAUCAAGCGAGCCCAUGAGCUCAUCAGACCGCACGUCCAUCGGACGCCGCUGUUGACAAGUCGAACGCUUGACGAGCUCGUGACAAAGGCGAUCGGCUCGCCGGUUCCUGUCCGGUUGGCGUUCAAGGCGGAAAAUGUCCAGGUGGUGGGCGCCUUCAAGAUUCGAGGGGCCACAAACGCCGUCCUCACUCAUCUUGAGCGGCUCAAAGCCGAACACGGUCCAGACUUCGAUCCGAAAAAGCUGUGCGUCGUCACGCACAGCAGUGGAAACCACGCGGCGGCCAUUGCACGCGCAGCACGCAGCGUUGGAGCAAGCGCAGCCAUCGUGAUGCCUCGAACGUCACCGCAGGUGAAAAAGGACGCCGUGGCAGGCUAUGGCGCUCGAAUUGUCGAGUGCGAACCGGUGCUGGCUGCACGCGAGUCGGCAGCGGACCUGCUCAAAGAGGAACUCGAGACCAACGGAAGCGGAACGGUGGUCCAAUUCAUCCAUCCGUACGAUGAGGAACUCGUGAUUGCGGGCCAAGGAACCCUGGGCUUGGAGCUGAUGGAUCAGGUGCGGGAGCUUCAAGUGCCCAGCGGAUCUAAGCUCUCCUCUGCCCUUGCUCCAUCUCCAGACGUAGAGGACAACUGUUCGUGGAGGUCGAGAGACGAGGGAAAGGAGCCCGUCGUCGACUUUGUGAUAGGUCCCGUCGGCGGCGGUGGCAUGCUCAGCGGUCUCUCGACAGCCGUCAAAGGUCUCGAUAGCAGGGUCACCGUCAUUGGUGCUGAGCCUGAGAAAGCCGACGACGCCUUCCGCUCGUUCCAGACUGGCCAGUUGCAAGACGCCAUCUCGCCGCCUCAGACGAUCUGCGACGGCCUCCUCACGGCACUCUCACCUCGAACCUUGUCCCACAUCCGCACCCACGUAUCGUCGAUUCAUCUCGCUUCGGAACGAUCCAUCUUGUCAGCCCUGCGCCUCGUCUGGGAACGCAUGAAGCAGAUCAUCGAGCCGAGCGCUGCAGUGGGUCUCGCCGUAGCGUUCGAUAACAAGGACUUCCACCAGCAAGUGCUGCGGAUCGCAGGUAGUGCUAAAGAGGAAGUGAGGAUGGUCCUCAUCUGGACAGGCGGCAACGUUGAGCUUGAGAAGAUCGUUGCGGCACUCUCAGCGACAGCGUCUUCUUCCUAGCAAGCAAACGUCAGUCCUGAGCAUAAUUGUAUGAACAGUAUGUAUAGCCUUGAAUAGUCAACACAGAAAGUGAAGAGCUGUAAUGUACAAGGUGAGGAUAGCGUAGCGGAAGAGAGAGAUGCAUCGGACGCUUCUGUACUUGUACAUGAUGUUGCUGAGUGAAUCGACUCCGGCGUGAAGAAGGAUGAGUGA